AUGGGGUCAGGGGAGUGGGAGCUGGCGGAAGGCAGCCAGUCAUUCCCGGCCGAGAGGAAGGCUCUGGGAUCCAUCACUGCCGUGCCGGUCACGGGGCCUCAGGUCAGCUCCUUGCAGAGGCUGGCCGGGCAAGGAGUGGCACUGCUACCUCAGGUUAGGCCAAAGACUCUGAUUCCAGACAGCCUCCCCGUCACCCCCGGCCGGGACCGGCCACCCAAACAGCCCCCAACAUUCCAGAAGGCCACCGUGGUCAGUAUCAAGAACCCCAGCCCAGCCCUCCCCACCGCCAACAACACCGUGAGCCAUGUGCCAGCACCCGGCAGCCAGCCCCAGGCCCUCGCGGAGCCGGCCGCCAUCACGUCUUCUCUGAGCAGUGCCGGGGUGGCCUACGCCAUCAUCUCCACGGCUCCCAGCAAUGCCGCCGCCAUCGCCCCCAGCGCCGCCGUGUCCGUGGUCAGCGACAGCAUCAAAGUCCAGCCCCUCCUCAUCAGUACCGACAACAAGGUCAUCAUCAUUCAGCCUCAAGUGCAGACCCAACCCGAGAGCAAGGCCGAGUCGCGGCCGCCCACGGAGGAGCCGUCUCAGGGAGCGCAGGCCUCCAAGAGGAAGGAAGCCCGGCCCCCGAGCCAGGAGAACCCCGAGAAAAUCGCCUUCAUGGUGGCGCUGGGCCUGGUUACCACGGAGCACCUGGAAGAAAUCCAGAGCAAACGCCAGGAGCGGAAGCGGAGAAGCACCGCCAACCCCACCUACAGCGGCCUCCUGGAGACCGAGAGGAAGCGGCUGGCGUCCAGCUACCUGAACAGCCCCCUGUUCCUCACGGCACGAGGUGAGCAGGGCCAGGCCCCGUGGUGCCCACGGCCACUGCGGCAGGACCCGCCCACCACAGAGCUGACCUGGGUCGGGAUGCCCACUAACAUGUUCUCGCCCUUCCUCCCUGUGCCAGCCAAUGAGGAGCCCUGCUGGAAG